CUAUACGAGGUCCACAGUGGCACUUGUCGAGUGAAUCAUUGAAUCAAAUAAUAGGACAAGAUUCCCUGUCUUCUCUUUUGCAUGUCAACUCAAACCAAACACUUUCCUAUACAGUCUAAACUUCUUCAACUCUCAAUCUUUGGCACCCAAUUAGGUUUUCCGGCGAGAAAAAAUGGUAAACCCCCGCAAAAAUCAGACUCCCUCCCUUGAAUUCUUCAAAGUUUUUCUCUCCGACCACAGCUCCGACCAACUGAGCUUUCCACCAGCUUUUGUUAUGCAGUUGGAUGGAAACGUACCCGAAAAUGCUACCCUCGAAGAUCAUACCGGAAAGGUUUGGAAAAUCAAAACUAGAAGUAGUUUGAUAACUGAAGAAGGUUGGAAAAAAUUUGUAGAUCAUCACUCUUUAGUUGAUGGGGACUUCCUUGUUUUCAAGUAUGAUAUGAACUCCAAAUUUUUCGUUAAAGUAUUUUCCGGAAAUGGAUUGAUAAAGGAAAAGGAGUGUAGUAGUAGCGUCGUUGUGAAGGAGGAAACGGAAUCCGAAUCUGAAGAAGAAACGCCUAUGCGAGAUUCUACUAGUGGUAACAAGAGAAAAUAUUCUGAUUUGGAGUCUAAACAAACUCGCAGACCAGUUGGUAGACCUAAAGGAAGUCGAACUAAAUCGAGACAAACUGACGGUUCAUCCGGAGAAAGUAGAUCAGUUGUCACACAGACCACGUCAAAGCAACGUGGACGACCCAGGAAAAGUAAAGCAGCACCCAAUUAUAAGCUCAAUAAUCCACAUUUUGACAUAUAUAUGACCCGAGCAUCAAAAUAUACUCUGUAUAUUUAUAGAACAGUGGUGAACGAACACAACCUCAAAUUGCAGGAAAAUAUGGAACUUCGCAAUGAGAAUGGCGAGUCAUGGCCUGUAAAAGUUCACUUUAGAACUGAUGGUCGCAUUGCAAUUAACCAUGGAUGGUCUGAUUUUCACAAGCAGAACAAAGUGGCAUUCAAUGACAGAUGCAUUUUUGAAUUUCUCCCUGAAGAAAAUAACAUAGUCAAAGUAAUUCAGGUGCACAUUGUUCCAAAACAGGUGAAGCCCCGUAAAAAAAAGCUAUGUUGGACGAAAACGGAAAUACUGAAACACAAAACGGCAAAAUAAAAUUUAUUACGAGAGUAGAUUAUAUAUUUAAAGUUUCAGGGUUUCAGUAAUGUUUUUGAAAACCGAAAUGAAAUAUCGAAAUGUAUGAGUCGACAAGUAACGAUGCAAUAAAAUUAGUAUUAGUAUUCCUUUUUGGUUA